UUGCAAGAGACCGAUUACCACCAGGUCGACUCGGUGGGACAAUCAAAUCGAAGAUUGGACUUUUGACAUGCUGCAUCUGCUGAGCAAGUUGAAAGGGCGAAACGAACAAAAGUCCUGGAAUAAUCCAUGGCCGGUAGAUUCCACCAACCCUCAACCUUCGAUAUUCCAGAAGGAUUCUGGCUCUAGGACCUUGAACCCGACAUCAUGGUUCAGGAGGCAAUUGAAGUCUGGUUUGGCCCUGAAUCAAUCAACGAUAGGGAAGAAAUUGCCCAUCGUUUGACGUUCUCAGCAUGAUUGACAGCCGGUCGAGCCGUUUAUGUCGACAAAAGUGCCAGGCUGGGCGUUGAAACACGCACACACCAGCCGCUGUAUUCUCACGUACAUCAUGGUUAUCUUGUGGGCCGAGGCUAACCCUGGACAGGCUGGAGAUAAGCAGCGCUCCGAAGGCUUGAACGCCAUCAAGGCCUGUGUUCAUUGGGUGCGUAAGAUAACACAAUGGCGUGCCAAUGCCUGAUGUGACAUCGAGGACGAACAGGGCGCCCUAGGCGUGCUGGGCUGUCCUUGCGAUAGGGAAACCUAGCCGAAGUCGAGAGGAGCCAAGCUACUACGAUCGCUGAAAUGUUUUAAAACACUUGGCGACUCUACACAUUGCCGCCUCAAAAGAAUCGAACAAAAAUACCAACGAAUUGAAACAUUCUGCUUUUUCAACAAAAGGUCCGAAUUUUCAGACUGAGGAACCACAGGGGGCCAUCGAAGACUGCAGUCGACAAGGUUGAGCCCGAGCCCAUGCCUGAUUAAGAAGGUGGUCUAGAUCCAAUUGUGCCGUCGCCCGCGAUAGCAUUGCACGAACAUUAGCACUAUAGCCAAACCCGUCUAGCACCGGGUUCAUAUGGCUGUUCCCAGAGUACAGCAUUGAGUGGUGUCAAUGUGCGAUUCGCGGGGAGCGACACUUCUCCUCAGUCUUGGGCCCUCCUGGUUCUUGGGGCUGAGAUCCCCCCCGUCCUGGUCUCAGGCCGUCUGUAUAACCACAUCUGCACAGCAUCAGCCGCUGUCGGCUUUCUCCUUCGCUUCAACAUCGUCUCUCAAUACCACAAGACCAAAGGCCGUUGUUGUCGCUGUCAUAGCGGGCUUCAAACCACGCCUCGACGUCGGUUCGCUGUCGCUGAAACUAUCCAUUGCUCGAGCAAAGGAUAUCAAUUAUCAUGGCGCCGUCUCUCUUUCGCAAACGCCACGAGGCCGAGGAUAUUAUUCCAAUCCCCGGCCCUCUCGAGACCGUCUCCGCUUCCGGUCGUGAUUACCUCGAGAAUCUACAGCAGUUCGAGAAAUCUCACAAGUUCGAUCCCAAUCUGCCCAUCGACGACCUCACAGAUGUCGACGCCGCCAUAGCGACUGGAAAUGCCGAGAAGGGGAUUGAGAUUGAGCACGCGCUCAUGGAGGACAACAGUCCCUAUCCCGAAGUUAGAUCUGUUGUCCGAAACUACGAUGUUGAUGUCCCUGCCAACACCAUCCGUGCCUGGACUAUCGGGUUGAUUCUUUGCACCAUCGGUUCUGGUGUGAAUAUGCUCUUCUCGUUGCGAAACCCCAGUGUCACAGUCACUACCUACGUAGUCCAGCUUGUCGCCUAUCCGUUUGGUCUUGGCUGGGACUUGAUCAUGCCUGACCGAGAAUGGACCUUGUUCGGUCUCAAAUUCAACCUCAAGCCCGGUGAAUUUAACUACAAGGAGCAUGUGGUAAUUGUCGCCAUGUCCAAUGCGGCCUACGGUGGCGGUGUUCUCUACGCAACUGAUGUACUCCUCGCGCAGCAAAUCUUUUACGGCCAAAAGUUUGGCUGGGCUUUCCAGAUCCUAUUUGGCAUUACGACUCUUUGCACUGGAUAUGGGCUGGCUGGACUUGCCCGUCGCUUUCUGGUGUGGCCGGCUGCUAUGAUCUGGCCCACUGACUUGGUCAAUUGUGCCUUGUUCUAUACGCUUCACGAUCACUCCGGCUCGGACCCUACUAAGACCAAUGGCUGGAAGAUGGGACGGUAUAGAUGGUUCUUGAUCGUUGGAGCUGGAGGUUUUGUUUGGUACUGGUUCCCAGGUUGGAUCUUCAAAGGUCUUUCUUACUUCACCUGGGUUUGCUGGCUUGCACCUCACAACGUUAAAGUCAACAAGAUCUUUGGUGGCAUGACCGGCUAUGGCUUGAUGCCUACAUCCUUCGAUUGGACCGUGUACAGCGGUUACCUACAGUCACCUCUUAUCCCUCCCUUCCACGCCAUCGCGAAUGUUCUCCUGGGCAUCAUUGUUUUCUUCAUCUGCAUAUCAAUGGGCAUCCACUUUACAGGUACCUGGUAUGCGGAUUACUUCCCAGUCCAGUCAUCCGAGUCCUACGACAACACGGGCGCCAUCUACAAUGUUACGAGAAUCCUCGACAGUAACUUCCAGUUCAAUGAAACUGCCUACAAGGAAUACUCGCCACUCUUUCUACCGACGCAGUUUGCUCUUUCUUAUGGUCUGUCCUUCGCAGCUGUUACAGCAGUUGUUGUUCACGUUGUGCUCUACCAUGGGCAUGAGAUCUGGAGACAAUUCAAGCUGGCCCGCAAUCAGGAGGAUGACGUGCACAUGCGACUGAUGAAGAAGUACCGAGAUGCGGAGGAUUGGUGGUAUGCGACUCUUUUCAUUGUCAUGGUUGCUAUUUCCAUUGGCGUGAUUGCUGGUUGGCCAACUGGCUUCCCCGUCUGGGCGUACUUCAUUUGCCUCCUUAUUCCCGUGCUGUGGUUGAUCCCUAUCGGUGUUGUUCAGGCUAUCACCAACAUCCAGCUUGGUCUUAAUGUCCUGACUGAGUUCAUCAUUGGCUACAUGGUUCCUGGUCGCCCUAUGGCCAUGAUGAUGUUCAAGAAUUACGGCUACAUCUGCAUGGGCCAGGCACUUUACUUUGCGCAGGAUCUCAAGCUUGGCCACUACAUGAAGGUCCCUCCCAGAGUCAUGUUUUCAUCACAGCUAGUUGCCUCAAUCUGGUCGGCUAUUGUACAGAUUUGCGUGAUGAACUGGGCACUGGGACACAUUCCUGACGUUUGUGCGGUCGAUCAGCCCAACAACUAUACCUGCCCAGGUGGCCGCGUCUUCUACACGGCCUCUGUGAUCUGGGGAGCCAUUGGACCCGCUCGUAUCUUCAGUCACGGCUCAAUCUACUCGUCGCUCCAGUGGUUUUGGCUGGUUGGUGCUGUCACACCAAUCAUCACGUGGCUGCUGGCCCGCAAGUGGCCUCGUUCGAUCUGGCGAUAUGUCAGCACACCUCUUAUCUACGGUGGUGCUGGUAUGUUGCCCCCAGCCUCUGUGUAUAUCUACCUAUGCUGGGGCAUGGUCGGUGCUUUCUUCAACCGCUUCGUCAAGAGACGAUAUACGGGCUGGUGGCUCCAGUACAACUACGUCACUUCAGCGGCCUUGGAUUGUGGCCUCAUCAUGUCAACAAUGGUGAUUUUCUUCACCUUGUACCUGACCAGUGCUUCUCCCCCCAAUUGGUGGGGUAACUAUGGCGCGUUGGAGACGAUGGACUGGAAGACCACUGCGGUCUCGAAGACAGUUCCAAAGGGCUCGUUUAUUGGACCUUCAACUUGGAACUAAGUAACCAAUCUUGUAAAUGGUUGUUCAUGGGCAUGGUUUUGGGAAGAGAGAUUUGGAUAACUGAAGGAAUUUCGAGGCGUUAUGAUCUAGACUAUUUGUUACUUGGCAAUGUUUCUUACUACGCGUGCGAGAUACCUCAAUGAUGAUUAAUGUUCACGGACUUUUUGGAAGAAGCUGUUUGGAUAUGAGUGAAAACUUACGAGCAUUUGAAUUACAGCUGUACCUUCAAUUGAGAUUUGAAUUCAUAUCGUCAUUCAGAGCCAAUGAGUUUUCUUAACGAAAUAACUGUUACACAAGACUCGAUCAGUGGAAGGCAGAACUUAGUACGAUGAUGCUGGACUUGCAGCGAUGCGGAGUAAGAAAAUAUAAGACUUUAGAAGAGGGUGCCAAAAUAAACUUAGUAAAGUCCCCUAAGCUUAGAACAAAAU